CAUUUCUCCAGCAGAAUCACAAAUCAGAUUCCACUAAACUAAAGAGACGAACUUGCCCAUCAGCCCCAGCAGAUGGCAGCAUUUUGCAUUUGGUAGAUAAAAAAAUGCAAAAUAUUAUUUGUAGUUUGUAUGGAUUCAGCAUAUAGCUGUGAAUUUGUCCCUCAAAAUCUAGUUCCCUUUUAUGAGCAACUUAGUGUUAGCACUGAGAAAAGCAGCAGUUUAAAACUCUUAAAAACAAAAAAAACACCGUAGGUUUUGUUUUUUAUGUAGUCAUGACUUUUAUUGAGUCAUGUGGCUCUUGUGCUCAAAAACAUGUUUAAAACAAAACAAUAAAACUUAAAGUAAGUGAACACAUACAAGGCAUUGCAAUUAUUGAGACAACUGCAAAUGUUUCUCUUUGAGCUGCAGCUAAAUGUUUUUCUAAAGUAACGGAGAUUUUUGUCAGGUUAACUUACUGAUAACUAAUACUAAAAAUUUUUUCAAAAGGAUUUUUUUAUGUGACCGUUUUGCCCAGAUGUACCAUGUUAGCUCUAAGAAAACACCCCCCAUAUAUGUCACUUCCUGUCGCUGUAAACAGUUCUCCAUUCAUAUUUGAUUUCCUAAAUACAAAGAAUCAAAGUACAGAAGCAAAGCACAGAGAGCUGAGCUGCUCCGUCAUAAGAACUCGAGCAGCUUUGCAGUUCAGUUUAAUCCAAUCUGAACCACCAUGAUUGUUUCACUGUUUUUGUUGGGGUUCUGUCUUUUCUUCAUUCUUCAACUCAAACCUCAGAGACCCAAGAACUUCCCUCCAGGGCCUCCCAGUCUGCCUGUACUGGGGAACCUGCUGCAUCUGAACUUACAGAACCCCUUAAAGGACUUUGAGAAGCUGAGGGAGUCGUAUGGAAAUGUCUACAGUCUGUUCAUUGGUUCAAAACCGGCUGUCGUCAUCAAUGGGUUUGAGUCCAUGAAGGAGGCGAUUGUUGUCAAAGCUGCAGAUUUUGCUGGAAGACCUCAAGACCUUUUUAUAAAUGAUGUCACCCAGAGAAAAGGUGUGGUUAUGGUCGAUUACGGCCCGAUGUGGAGGCAGCAUCGCCGCUUUGCUCUGAUGACCCUCAGGAACUUCGGUCUGGGGAAAAAGUCCAUGGAGGACAAAAUCCUUGAAGAAAUUCAACACACAGUUAAAACGCUGGAAAAGAACAGCGGUCAGACUCUGAGUCCUCAGGUCAUGUUUCAUAACGCCGCCUCCAACAUCAUCUGUCAGGUUCUCUUUGGGACACGCUAUGAGUACGAUGACGAGACAAUCAAGCUGAUUGUUCGCUGCUUUGCUGAGAUGACUAAAAUAGCCAAUGGACCUUGGGCCAUGCUGUACGACUCCAUCCCUUUAAUUCGCCACCUGCCGCUGCCCUUCAAUAAAGCCUUUGAAGACAUGGAGAUUUUUCUGAGUCAUGCCAGCUGUUUGGUGAACGAACACAAGAAAACCAGAGUCUCCGGAGAGCCUCGGGAUUUUGUUGACUGCUAUUUGGAUGAAUUGGAAAAUAAAAAUGAAGACUCCAUGUUUUCUGAGGAGCAGCUGAGAAGAAUCACUUUUGAUCUUUAUGUUGCUGGGACGGACACCACCUCCAACACCCUGCUGACCGGGUUUCUUUACCUCAUGAACUAUCCACACAUACAAGAGCGAUGUCAGCAGGAGAUAGACCAGGUUCUGGACGGGAAGGAUCGGGUCACUUUCGAGGACAGACUCAGCAUGCCUUAUAUGCAGGCUGUGAUCCAUGAAAUUCAAAGGAUUGCCAACACGGUUCCCCUCAGUGCUUUUCACUGCACGACUAAAGACACAGACCUUAUGGGUUACUCCAUUCCCAAGGGUACAAUGAUCAUCCAGAACCUGAUCUCAGUGCUGAGAGAAGAGGGACAGUGGAAAUUCCCUCAUGAGUUCAACCCUGAAAACUUCCUGAAUGAACAGGGAGAGUUUGUCAAACCUGAGGCCUUCAUGCCUUUCUCUGCAGAUGGUUGUUUUUGCGCCUCAGGUCCUCGGACGUGUCUCGGCGAAGGUUUGGCUCGUAUGGAGCUCUUCCUCAUCACGGUUACCCUGCUGAGGAAGUUUAACUUCAUCUGGCCGGAGGAGGCGGAAAAACCAGACUUCACUCCAGUCUUUGGAGUCACACUGACUCCUAAACCAUACACCAUGAAGGUCAAGCUGAGGUCAAAUCACUGAGGCUGUUUGUGUGAGCCACCAGAAACAGAUUGAAAGACUCCCUGGAAUCUGCAUAUGAGACCCAAGAACUUCCCACCCGGACCCCCCAGUCUGCCUGUUCUGGGGAACCUUUGGAACCUGAACAUAAAGAACCCCUU